AUGUCAACAUCCUCCACCACCACCACCACCACCACCAACACAGCCGCCUGGCUCCUCGAGCCCGAAGCCCACCCGUUUCAAAUCCGCGAAGCGCCCCUCUGGGAACCCGCCGAGAACGAGAUCCUCAUCCGCAACCACGCCGUGGCCAUUAACCCCGUCGACGGGAGCCUCCAGACCAAAGCGUGGUGGCCCAUGGAAUACCCCACCAUCCUGGGCCAAGACGUAGCCGGGGAAGUCGUGCAGGUCGGGCCCGGAGUGACUCGGUUCCAGCCGGGCGAUCGCGUGGCCGGGCUGGCCGUUGGCAUGGCCACCAAGCGCGACCAGGACCACGCCUUCCAGGCCUACACCAUCCUCCAAACCAACAUGGCCAGCAAGCUACCCGACACCCUUUCCUACGAAGCCGCUGCCGUGAUCCCGCUGGGCCUGUCCACCGCCGCGUGCGGCCUGUUCCAGGACACCCAUCUCGCACUGCAUGUGGGCAGCAACGCCAUCCAGUUGGCCGUCGCGGCCGGAUACGAGGUCGUCACGACGGCCUCGCCCCGGAAUUUCGACCACGCUACGCGGCUCGGCGCCAGCCGGGUCUUCGACUACCACAGCCCCACCGUCGUCGACGAUCUCGUGGCGUGGCUGGAGGGGAGGACCCUGGCCGGGGCCAUGGAUUGUAUCGGGUUCGCCGCCACGCCCAUGACCGUGGCAGUGGUCAGCCGGUCGCAGGGCUCGAAGUUCGUGGCCACGGUCAAGGGCGGGUUCCAGGCCCCCGACGGCGUGACCGUCAAGAGCGUCUUUGGCACCACGCUGAAGGACAAUGCAGUGGGCAAGGCGAUCUACGAGGACUUCCUCCCCCGCGCGCUGAAGACAGGGUCCUUCGUCCCGGCCCCGGAGCCCCUUGUCGCAGGUCAGGGUCUGCACAGCAUCCAGGCAGCGGUCGAUCGGCAGGCUCAGGGCACCUCCGCACAAAAGGUGGUCGUCGUGCUGUGAGUGAGCUAAACCGGCGGGUUCUGUGUAACGCUAUUUCUCGCGUGGUUUCAUCUGGUUCCCGACCUGCCCUCGUAUCCUAUUGGUCUUGUCAUUUGUUGCGAUAUGCUCCGCCCCGGUCAGUUGGACUCUCGUACCUCGGGACUGGCCACAGUAUUCGUGUUGUCGGGAUUUUUGUUGAAUGAAAGUUUAUGACACCAUAG